AUGUUUCUUUUUGAUUGGUUCUAUGGAAUUUUGGCCAGUCUUGGUCUUUGGCAAAAGGAAGCGAAGAUUUUGUUCCUGGGAUUAGAUAAUGCUGGCAAGACCACUUUGCUUCACAUGCUCAAAGAUGAGAGAUUAGUUCAGCAUCAACCUACUCAAUAUCCCACUUCGGAAGAAUUGAGUAUCGGAAAGAUAAAGUUUAAGGCUUUUGAUUUGGGUGGCCACCAGAUUGCUCGUAGGGUUUGGAGGGAUUAUUACGCCCAGGUGGAUGCUGUAGUGUACCUGGUUGAUGCAUAUGACAAGGAAAGAUUUCAAGAAUCGAAGAAGGAGUUGGAUGCUCUUCUUGCUGACGAGUCACUUGCAAAUGUGCCUUUUCUUAUCUUGGGAAACAAGAUUGACAUACCUUAUGCUGCCUCAGAGGAUGAGCUGCGUUAUCACAUGGGUCUCACCAACUUCACCACGGGCAAGGGCAAGGUUAAUUUGGCUGAUUCCAAUGUUCGACCUUUGGAGGUUUUCAUGUGCAGUAUUGUACGCAAGAUGGGGUAUGGUGAAGGCUUUCAGUGGCUCUCCCAGUACAUUAAAUAG